UACCCAGUCGAAACAUGCACUGUUCAUUCCAGUGUUAUCCAUGCGCAGCACGUAUGAUUCCCAUGGAUUUCUCAGAAAGUUUGCUGUCUUCUGGGCUAUCCAUGGCGAUCAGCCUUUUUGUUAUUGGAAGAGUUCGAUUAAACGCUUACAUUCCCUUCACCAUCAUAAACAAAAGAAACCCAUUACUUGGUAUAGCCAAAAGAGGAAGAAACCUGUAAAAUCUGUCGAGAAGCAAGAAUCUGACCCGGGUGUGUAUAUGAGGGACACUGUGGGAAAAAUAUACAGACUCCUAAAGUAUUCCUCUUGGGAUUUGGCCAAAGAAGAGCUUGAGAGGCUCCCUAUAAGAUGGGAUUCUUAUACAGUCAACAAAGUUCUGAAAACCCAUCCUCCAAUGGAGAAGGCCUGGUUGUUUUUCAACUGGGCUUCAAGGCUAAAAGGGUUCAAGCACGACCAGUUUACUUAUACAACAAUGGUGGGUAUUUUUGGAGAAGCGGGGAGGAUUUCGUCGAUGAAGUAUGUGUUUGAGCAGAUGCAGGAGAAGGGGUUGAAGAUAGAUGCUGUGACUUACACUUCGUUGAUGCAUUGGCUUUCUAGCUCUGGAGAUGUUGAUGGGGCAGUGAAGGUGUGGGAAGAAAUGAAGGCUAACGGCUGCUAUCUCACUGUUGUUUCCUACACUGCCUAUAUGAAGGUUCUGUUUGAUAAUAGUAGAGCAAAGGAGGCCACUGAUGUUUACAGGGAGAUGCUUCAAUCUGGGUGUACUCCAAAUUGUCACACCUACACUAUCUUAAUGGAACAUCUUGUGGGUUCUGGAAAAUAUAAAGAAGCCCUUGAGAUGUUUUGCAAAAUGCAAGAAGCUGGGACACAACCUGAUAAGGCUGCAUGCAAUAUAUUGGUGGAGAAAUGUUACAUUGCUGGGGAGACAAAGGCUUUAACACUAAUCCUUCAGUAUAUGAAAGAAAGCCGCCUUGUUCUUCGUUACCCUGUAUUUCUGAAAGCUCUGAAAGCCUUGAAAAUUGCUGGGGAGAGUAGCGCCCUCCUCAUGCAAGUGAAUCCUCAUUUUUCAACAGAAUGUGUCAGCGAGGAGGCUGGUGACUUGAGACCAACCGGUGCUGAUGUUCCCUUUAGCAUAGACAGAGGACUUCUACUGAUUUUUUUGAAAAAACGAAAUCUUGUCGCCGUUGACCGCCUACUUACUGGGAUAAUUGAUAAGAAUAUAAGACUGGAUUCUGCAAUUAUCUCAAUCAUUGUUGAGGCAAAUUGUGAUCGUUGCAGACGCAGUGGUGCUCUUUUGGCCUUCAAGUAUAGUGUAAGAAUGGGCAUAACUAUUGAGAGAAAUGCAUAUCUUUCCUUGAUAGGCAUUUUAAUGAGAUCAAAUUCAUUUUCAAAGGUAGUGGAGAUUGUUGAGGCCAUGAUUAGGACUGGACAAUCUCUUGGAACAUAUCAAAGCACACUUCUAAUCUAUAGGCUUGGUUGCUCUAGAAGGGGUGUUUACGCUGCAAAAAUAUUUGAUCUUUUGCCUGAUGAUCAGAAGAACACAGCCACUUUCACUGCUUUGAUUGGUGUUUAUUUCACAGUUGGCAACUCUGACAAAGGACUUCAAAUUUGCAAAACUAUGCUAGAGAAAGGAAUUUAUCCCACAUUAGGAACUUACAAUGUGCUAUUAGCUGGUCUUGAAAAUAGUGGUAGAAUUUCUGAAGCAGAGGUAUAUAGGAAGGAAAAGAAGAGCCUGGAGUUACACGGUCAUUCUCGAGUAACCAUCUCCUUGGAGGAAAAGAUCUGUGACCUUCUAUUUGCUGGGGAAGUGGUAUCUUGACACUGAUUUUGGACCAUGGUAUUCGCCAUAUUUGAAGGCUUGCUGAGAAAAAAUUGUUGUUAUAAUAUUACUUGAGUAUAUGCCAGUCUGGGAAUAUUUCAACCAAUGCUGUCAACAUCACCAAAUGUAAAGGAUAUAGGGCAGGAUGCAUCUAUUAGUCCAUUGCUCCAAAUGCAGGAAGAGAUGAUGCCACUGAGGUAAAGUUCUCUUAUCUGCCUGGUUGGAUAAACAUGGGAGCGGCAGAAGCAAGGAACUUGAACCUUGGUCCAAUUAAUUGUCUUGCUGCUCAGCUUUACAGGAUUUUCAUGAGUCAAAGUUUCAUAAUAGAUACAACAGAAUAAAUUUGAUUUA